CGCGCACUGGGGGCACGAGCAGACGUCAUGGCAGGAGGUGAAAGAGUCGCGCGUCUGAUGCGUCAGCUCGCCAGCGCGGCGUGCAGAUGCCCUGCUCAUUCUCAAGCAUAUUCUCACUCCUAUAACCGAGUUUCUGCAGGUGAGGGUCAUAUUUGUGAAAGGAAAACAGAUUAUGCAUUUGAAAUGGCUUGUUCAAAUAUACGAUAUGGAGCAGGAGUUACCAGAGAAAUUGGCAUGGAUUUGCAGAACAUGGGAGCACGCAAUGUGUGUCUGAUGACAGACAGGACCUUAUCUCAGCUGCCGCCGGUCGCAGCAGUUCUGGACUCACUGAUAAAACAUGGAGUCAAACACAAGAUCUAUGAGGACGUACGAGUAGAACCAACAGACAAAAGCUUUAAAGCAGCGAUUGAUUUUGCCAAAAAAGGACGUUUUGAUGUGUAUGUUGCUGUGGGCGGCGGCUCUGUGAUUGACACCUGUAAAGCAGCCAAUCUUUAUGCAUCUCAUCCGGAGGCAGAGUUUCUAGACUUCGUCAAUGCACCAAUCGGAAAAGGAAAACCCAUCACCGCCACACUGAAGCCACUAAUCGCUGUUCCCACUACGGCUGGGACGGGGAGCGAAACCACAGGAGUGGCAAUCUUUGACUUUGAGGACAUGAAGACCAAAACCGGCAUCGCAAAUCGAGCCUUAAAGCCUACAUUAGGAAUGGUGGAUCCUCUACAUACUCUUCACAUGCCAUCCAGAGUGGCAGCUAACAGCGGGUUUGAUGUGCUCUGUCAUGCAUUAGAGUCAUUCACAGCAUUGCCAUAUAACUUGCGGAGCCCCUGUCCAUCCAACCCCAUCAGCCGGCCCGCUUACCAGGGCAGCAAUCCAAUCAGUGAUGUUUGGGCAAAACACGCUCUCCACAUCGUCGCUAAAUACUUGAAACGGGCUGUGCGUGACGCUGGAGAUGUGGAGGCUCGCUCCAGCAUGCACCUGGCCAGUGUGUUUGCAGGAAUUGGCUUUGGCAACGCUGGAGUCCAUUUAUGUCAUGGAAUGUCGUAUCCCAUUGCUGGGAAUGUCAAAACCCACAGGGCCAAAGGCUACAGUGUGGAGCAUCCUAUAGUGCCUCAUGGACUUUCUGUUGUUCUAACUUCACCUGCCGUUUUUGAAUUCACUGCAAACAUGUGUCCAGAGCGCCACCUGGAGGCAGCUCAAAUACUAGGUGCUGAUGUGAAUAAUGUGAAGAAAGAUGAUGCUGGUCAUGUGUUGGCAGACACACUCAGAGCGUUUCUCUAUGAUCUGGAAGUGGAGGACGGUUUGUCUGCCAUUGGCUACACCAAAGAGGACAUCCCAUCUCUGGUGAAGGGCACAAUCCCUCAGGAGCGGGUCACUAAACUGUCUCCUCGGGCUCACACUGAAGAGGAUCUGACGGGUCUAUUUGCUGCCUCCAUGAAGCUCUACUGAGCAAACUGAAGGACACUUUAACACAUUGACGAGGUUCUUAGAAGCUCAGCCUCUAAUUAGCUGCACUGUUUUCAUUAUGUAAGCAGAGACACCGAUCUGAACACUAACCCCAAUGAACUUUAAUCCUUUCACAGUGGUGAGCGCACUUUUUAAUAAGUCUAGAAAGCACACUCUCACACACAGAUACUGUAUUCCAUCUAUAAAACAUGCCCAUUUGUUGUAUGCAUAUUUAAACAUAACUGUAAUGUUUAUAAUGGGAUUUUUACAAACCCUACACACACACACACACACACACACACA